UCUUUCCUAUGAAAAAUUGGCAAAGGAUGUAAACUUUGAAGAAGAGAUUGAUGGAGACUUUCAAAAAACAGAUUCGUAAAGAGACUGAUAAUGGAGAUGUGGAUGAAAAGUUCAAAGGUUUUGAUUUUAAACUAUUUUCCUAUGACAACGUGGGAAGUGAUUUUUUAAAUGUUGAAGAUAUUGAUGAAGCCUUUCAAAAAGAGAUUCCUAAAGAGACUGAUGGAGAGAAUGGUGAAAAGUCUAAAGAGAAGAUUAAUAAAAUCUUUAAACUAGAGAUCCCUAAAGUGAUUGGCAAAGAGAUGGGUGAAAACUCUCAAGAAAACUUUGGUUUCAAGAGAACCAAGUACUACUAGUUAUAAUGAUGCAUUGGCUUCCCAAAAAUGCGUCCUGGCUCGCUGAAGUUGAAGUGUUCAUUUGCAUUCUUGUUAUCAAAUGAUGUUCCAUGUUGCGGUUGAUGGUUCAUUGAUGUGUUAAUGUUGAACUUCAUCUGUCAAUGUGAUGCUUAGGAUUGUUGUUGUUCUGUCUGUUUGGUAUUUUGGAUUCCUUCAAGUGUUAAUGUUGCUGUUAAUAUCAAAAUGAUAAUUAUCAUCAUUGUUGCCAGCCA